AUGGAGGAUCCCAGCCAGCGGCUGUCGGCCGAGGAGGUCCUUCGCCACCCGUGGGUCCAGAAUGGAGGUCCUAAGACCCUACUCGACACGCCUCUUCGCAUGAGGAGGAACAAUAGCGCCCGGGAGCUGUCCGCCUUCGCCGGGGAUGCGAUGCACUUAAACCGUGUCAUCCAUCAUCACUACAGCGUGGCUGCCAUGAUCGACCAGGUGGCCUUGUGCGAGGUGGACGAAGACCAUCCGGAGAAGUACGACGCGGACGACGAGGACGGCCCCAUCCACAUCAACCACAUCCCGCGCAACAACAGUCGACAGUUCGGUCCCAAGCUGUCGCCGCCGGGGGCGUCCAAGCUGGCGCAGCGCCGACUCGGCUGCGGGAAGGCGCAGAGUCUCACUCGGGAGCCGUUGGUCGCUUCUCCCUCUGGAUAGCUGCCUGGUCCAUCGACCCUUUUUUUUCUUUCGCUUUUUCUUUCGGUCGUUCGUCUACAGCUCUGUUCUCGUUCGCUCAGGGACGCUCGGUCGGUCUCUUCUGAUGGGUUGCAUCCGCUGGAUGUUCUCUGGUUUUCUUGUGUCUGGCCGGCUCGGGUAGGUGCGGGGUCGGUCCGAGAAGCUCUGGUGCCAAGUUAGGUCUCUCUGCAGCACGCUUUCCCCCUUUUUCAUUUUCCUCUUCUCGUGCUACCGUUCUUGCAAUCGUGAAAAAGGAAAAAAAAUUCUGUAUAUACCUGUAUAAGCCAAGAGGAUUCAGGAAAGUUGGAUGGGACUAAACCCGAAAAAAAGAUAAGAAAAAAAGAAGAUACGAAAAAAAAGCUCUGAUGUGUAACUUUUCCUGUUGGUCUCGUAAAGCAUCAGGUCGUGACAGAAUUCUGUCAUUCCGAGGAGAAAAAGCUACAAAAAAAACAGAGGGAUUCGGUUUCGGAUUCGAGCAGUCUGAGUAGAUUUCUUCCCUCAGCACGAAAUGGUUGGCAUACGAACACACGUUUUUUGGACUGCAUCAGUCCCGAGGAAGACGGAAGGGGAACUGAAAAGUGUUUUGCUCAAUAAUCUCUUGCACGUGGAACAUUGUGGGGGCAUGGCAUCUAUCAGCCGUGUUUUUUUUUUUGUUGGGGGGGACGAAGUUCCAUUUCCUUCUCUUUAUUCUUCUCCCGCUUUUUCUCUCGCUCUAUUCCCUCGAGUCUGUGAUCCAAGCGGGGUUGGUGUGAUGAUGAUGAAGACCCAGGAGGAACGAUGAGGGACACUUACUGCUGCUGCAAAAAAAAAUUUUCUUUUUUGAAAAAAAAAUUUUUCUACAAUUUGCUAGUCUCGAAGAAGAGAGAAGAUGGCCUUUGCAGCUCGAGUGUUGUCCGUUCCUCUACCAUUUCCAUGUUCAUAGAUUUAUUUUUGUCCAGCACAUUUUUUUGUCAAACAGGUUUUUUUCCUCCCCCCCCCAAACUUUUUGCCGAUUGGAUGUGUGGAACGUGUCAUGGCGAUUCCCAUCCCGAUUCUCGAUUGUGAAAAAGGUUUUUUUUUUUUCUUUUCGUUCCAUCAUGGAAGUUCCACUUUUCGAAGAGGUUUAAAGAAAAAAAAAAGGAAAAAAAAAAGUAUAAAAACUUAUUUGGAAGGAGCAGGUCCAGGUUUUUCAGGUGAUUGCAUUGUCUUUGGUUUGCUUCGUUUGUGUCGAGGAAUAACCGUUGAAAUAACCGUGAUGAUGGUGAUGAGACCAGACACGAGCCUCUUUUUUGUGGUGAAAUGCUGGCAAAUGAGAACUCGUCGAAUAAAGAGGACACGAAGAAAAAAAAGAUACAAAAAAGAUGAAA